AUGGUUCACCGCUCUGGACAGAAAAAGAAGCUUAAUUUAGAUGGUACCGGAGACUCUUCCUCACCAAGAGUGCCAAAAACAUCGGUUAGUGAGCAGAAAGCUGAGCAAGAGGCCACGAAAACAAAGAUGGCUACGCCUGCUAACAUUGAUGCUUUUAGUGGUUGCUGCGAAUCGGCAAAAGGAAAGGUGAAUCGUAUUCGGAACGCCAUUGAAGCUGCGCAUCUAGAUUAUAAGCGAAUUUAUAUAGCUGAUCCUACGCGAAAGCAUGAGUUUGAACCGAAGUUUGUGGAAUUUGAAGAGCUUUACGAGUUCACUAGAAUUGCGAUUAGUGAAAUGAUCGACGAACACGGAAAGUCGCAGAAAGUAAUAAAGAGUGCGGAUGCUGAUAGUAAUCAACCGCAACCUGGUACCAGCGGCAGUGGCCCACCAGUUAGAGCAACCCCGACGAUAGUGCUGCAUCAAGCUGCGUUACCUGUUUUUGACGGCCGCUACGAUAAUUGGUUCAAGUUUAAACAGAUGUUUCGAGAUAUAGCAGAUAAGUGUACAGGUGACUCUGCUGCUACCAAAUUGCAUUUUUUGGACAAAGCUUUGGUAGGCAGGGCUCAAGGUUCUAUCGAUCAGCAAAUAAUCCGUGAUAAUGAUUACGAAGGCGCUUGGACGAGCCUCACGCAGCAGUAUGAAAAUCUGCCAGCCUUAAUCAGCGAUACAAUUUUGAAGUUGUUGAAUUUAAAGAUGAUGACAAACGAAUCAUUCCAGCAGUUGAAAAUGCUUACAGAUGAAGUGGAAAAGUGUAAAGGUAAGGGAGCUAAUUUGCUUGGACGACCUAUUCAACCAGCGGCGGCAAAGGCUCAUACCGUUACAAUUCAGAAGACCGAUGGCUGUUACGUAUGCAGUGAGAAUCAUUUGAUUGAUAAAUGUGAUACUUUUAAGAAAUUAAAUGUAGAGGAGCGAUACGAAAAAGCUAAGCAAAUUGGACUAUGCUUCGCGUGUCUGAAAAAAGGACAUAGAACGACGAAUUGCAAAAAUAGUACGAAGUGUUCGAAAUGUUCUAGACGUCACCAUUUGAUGCUGCACCCUGAAGACCAAUCGUCUCAGAAGGAGGAAAAAUCUCAAGUAGAGGCUACGGUAGGAAAUGCUAGUGAAAAACCUAAAAAUGAAGCAACCGUUAUGAAUUGUGUGAUUCCUGGCGAUGCUGUCAAACCAAUGAAGCAGGUACUGUUGGCUACUGCUUUGGUAAAUGUUUUCGAUGUGAACGGCAAACAACACAGAUGUCGUAUACUUCUCGAUUCAGGGGCUAUGACAAAUUUUGUAUCGAAGCAAUUGGUUGACAUGUUGCGGCUGAAGAAAAACUACGUAAAUAUCCCUGUGACUGGUGUGAACGGAAUGACGACGGCAGCGAAGUUCAGCGUACGUUGCAAAAUAAAAUCAAACAUUUCUGAUCGAGAAUUUUGCUUGGAAUAUUUAGUUGUACCACGUGUGACUGCAGCGUUGCCUGCGACGAGAUUGGAUGUGCAAGACUGGCCAAUACCAACAAGCCUGCAUUUGGCAGACCCAAAGUUUUAUGAGCCGUCGUGCGUCGACAUGCUUGUCGGUGCUGAAGCAUUCUUCAGUCUUCUACUUUCAGGUAAAAUAGAAAUGACAGAUAAUCUUCCGGUUUUGCAAGAAAGCCAACUAGGGUGGCUCGUAUCGGGACCUUUCGUGUCGUCAUCUGUGACAGCGGUACGAUCGUACCAUGCGACGACUCUCCGUGAAGCAGAUAAAGAUUUAGUCAGCAUCCUAAAAAAGUUUUGGGCAGUUGACAAUCAAUUCAAUGAAAUAAUAGAAGAUGAUCUAGAACGACAUUUUGUGGAAACUUUUACGCGCAAUGAUAAGGGACAAUACGUAGUACGGUUGCCAUUCCGUACGGACGCUGGAAUAUUAGGAGAUUUACGACGGCACGCUGAAAAACGUUUAUACCAGCUUGAAAGAAGAUUGGAGAAAGACACGAAAUUGAAAAAUCUUUACUCGCAAUUUGUUACAGAAUACAUUGAGCUAGGUCAUUGUAAGAUUCUCCCAGAAACUGAAACCAACAGCGAACUGGUUUAUUAUAUGCCACAUCACUGUGUUCUUAGACCCGGCAGCUCAAGUACAAAGUUGAGAGUUGUGUUCGACGCGUCAGCGAAAAGCUCAUCGGGGAAGUCACUUAACGAUUUACUGAUGAUUGGACCCUCGGUGCAAGAUAGUUUAUUCGACAUAGUUCUGCGGUUCCGUUUUUAUCGUUAUGCAUUUACGGCAGAUGUGCAAAAAAUGUAUCGAAUGAUAUUGGUGGAUGAAAGGGACACUUCCUUUCAAAGAAUUUUGUGGCGUGACGAUAAAACUAAAAAAUUGAAGGAAAUUAACUGA